AUGAACAUGAACGCCAGCACCGAGGGACAAUUACGAUCCCGAAGGAAAGCCGCUAAAAUGCUUGUCUGCGUCGUGGUUAUGUUUGCCAUCUGCUUUUUGCCAGUACAUUUGUUGUCAGUUUUAAGGUUGACUGUGAAACUGACCAACAGCGAGCUGAACCAGGCUUUUUCUCUAAUCUCGCACUGGCUGUGCUACGCCAACAGCGCAGUUAAUCCCAUAAUAUAUAACUUUAUGAGCGGUAAGUCGUCCGCAUGUCCCUUAAUUCCUUCCCACGUAUUUUCUCACCGCACAAAACGUUUUGCCAUUGUAAAAAGACUUGUUAAGGACGGUGGUUUCAAAGUUUUCAAAUUGAAAGCUUAG